AUGGUGAAGGCCAUCCAGGUGUUGCGGAUCCACCUGCUGGAGCUGGAGAAGGUGAACGAGCUCUGCAAAGACUUCUGCAACCGCUACAUCACCUGCCUAAAGACCAAGAUGCACAGCGACAACCUGCUGAGGAACGACCUGGGCGGGCCCUACUCCCCCUCGCAAACCUCCCUGAGCCUUCAGCAGGAACUCUUGCAGAGCUCCACUCCCUCAGCGGUCUCCAGCUCUGUAAACCCCUCAGGCAUCGUGGUUCCCGCCAGUGCCUUGCAGCAGGGCGGCGUUGCCAUGACCACCAUCAACUCGCAAGUGGUGUCAGGUGGAACGUUGUAUCAGCCAGUAACCAUGGUGACAUCGCAGGGGCAGGUGCUAACCCAGGCAUUGUCCCAGGGGACCAUCCAGAUCCAAAAUGCACAGGUAAACCUGGACCUGUCCUCGCUGCUGGACAACGACGACAAGAAAUCGAAGAACAAGCGGGGGGUACUGCCCAAGCACGCUACCAACAUCAUGCGCUCCUGGCUCUUCCAGCACCUCAUGCACCCUUACCCUACAGAGGAUGAGAAGAGACAGAUUGCAGGACAAACUAAUCUCACUCUGCUACAGGUCAACAACUGGUUCAUUAACGCCCGCAGACGGAUCUUGCAGCCCAUGCUAGACGCCAGUAACCCUGACCCUGCGCCCAAGGCUAAGAAGAUGAAGUCUCAGCACCGCCCCACCCAGCGCUUCUGGCCUGACUCCAUCGUAGCCGGCGUCCUCCAGUCACACGGAGUGCACCCCGGCAACAACUCUGACGGCUCCCUGGCCAUGGACAACCUGCAGCCUCUGUCCUCAGACUCGGCCACGUUGGCCAUGCAGCAGGCCAUGCUGGCGGGAGCAGAGGACUCCAUGGACGGCACGGAGGAGGAAGAGGAGGAAGAGGAGGAGGAGGAGGAAGAAGAGGAUGAGGGGAUGGAGGAGGAGGAGGAGGAGGCGGAAGAGGAGAGGGGGGAGAGGGGGAGGCGUCUGCACGGAGCCGCCAUUCGAGACCUCGGCCUGGAGCACAACGAGGGCCUGGAGUGAGGAAGAGCAGGAGGAAGAGGAGGCAUCCACACUGCACAGACACAGCACUCACAGUAUGCAUACCCCAUCGUCAUGGACAAAGACCACGCUCACGUUCAAACUGCGCUCACCUUCCUGCACAGUGCAAACCCCCACCAUCAGACUUCAACCGAGCCCCGGUGCGGAGGAGCCAGUUUGGAUUCCCACUUUAUCUAAGAUUGUACAAUUGUUAUGUUUUAUUUUCACUAGAGCUGCAUCAAGCUCUUGUUGAUUCAAUGUGUUUAAAUAACUACAACAACAACAACAACAAUAAUAACAACAACAAUAUUAAUAAUAACAAUAAUAAUAAUAAUAAUAAUAAUAAUAAUAAUAAUAUUUGGUUAUGUAUUGAUGCCAAUGCCAUCGUUCACUCAAUGACUCAUCGCUUCUCAGGUCAAAUCCAUUAUGCUCUUCUUCAUUUCCUGUCUCAGAUAUACAGAAACUCGACAUCGCCACAAAUGGAUGUUUUCUUAGACGCAUGAUUUAUAAUAGUUCAUUACUAAUAGGACAACAACAAAAAAUGAAAGACAGCACAAAGGUGGUAUAUUUGACCUUUUGAGCUUCGCCAAACAAUCGCUCAUUUUGAAAGGUCCACGAAUGCUUGUGUACAUUACCGUUUUUUCUCAGCUUUUCGAAGGAAAACUUUAUACUUCCAGUGCACCUGAAUGACAGGACUUGACGGCUAUUUUGCAUUCUGCUAACCUCUGGUAGUCUAAUCAGAGCUACGUCCAGAAUGUGCGAUCCUCAACUGAAGUGGUAUAAUCAGAGACAAGGGAAAAAAAACAGACACGUUUGAUUCUGAAAGUGAGCCGGGACCGAGCAACAGGGGUGACCUCUGAGCCUGUUUCUCAGUCUGCACCCCCCCCCCCCCCCAAGAAAAUGAAUCAAAUUUUAAAGUAGUAGGAAAUGAAGGGCAGAGACACACUGUGCAAUUUCCUUGUUCUCAGCAUACGGGAUCGGAGGGUUUUACGUUAACGGCGAAUUUCCGAAGGGAGAAGCAGAGACUUACGGAUGACUGUGAGAUUGACUCAUCAGGAACAGGAGGGUUCCGUCAAUUUUGUGUGAGGAAAUUCACAUUUACAAACUGUGAAGGGUAUUUCUGGCCUUUUUUUUGUGCUAAACAAUCUUGGAAAAUCAAAUUAGCCUUUUCUGAUGUGAUGUUCAGAAGAUAAAAAAGAAAAAGAAAAAAGAUAAUCUGUUCUUGGAUGUCCAUUGAAAUUGUUCUUUGUGAAGUCUGUUCCUCAUAAUUGUUUUAUCGAUCUUGCUUGCUUUUCGAAAAUUUCCUUUUCAAAGCAAGUUACACAUAGGGAAAUUUUUAAUUUGUUUGUACACAUUGUUGGCAUAAUCUAUUGUGUUUCAAUAGAAUGUUUUUUUAAUUAUUAAAAAAGAGAUUAAUCUA